UUUCCUUUUUUUGACUGUCAAUUAAUAAAAAUGGCUGCAAUGAACCCAGAAUACGAUUAUUUAUUCAAAUUGUUGCUUAUUGGUGAUUCUGGUGUUGGCAAGUCUUGUAUACUCCUCAGAUUUGCUGAUGACACAUACACAGAGUCAUAUAUUUCUACAAUUGGUGUUGACUUUAAAAUUCGUACAAUUGAAUUGGAGGGAAAGACAAUUAAGCUACAAAUUGAGCGUUUCCGUACAAUAACUUCUAGUUAUUACCGGGGCGCUCAUGGAAUAAUUGUCGUUUAUGAUAUUACUGACCAGGAUUCUUUCAACAAUGUCAAACAAUGGUUGCAGGAAAUUGAUCGAUAUGCUUCUGAGAGUGUGAACAAAUUGUUGGUUGGUAAUAAAUGCGAUUUGACUAAUAAACGUGCUAUCGAGACUAAUGUUGCGAAGGAAUAUGCUGAUCAAUUGAACAUUCCAUUUUUGGAAACCUCAGCAAAGAAUUCGACAAAUGUUGAACAGGCAUUCACGACUAUGGCAACUGAAAUUAAAAAUCGUAUGGGUCCACUGCAACAGACUGGAGCAAAUGCUUCUGCGGUGCGCAUUGGGCCGUCGCAACCUGUUCAGGAUAAGAAAUCUGGAGGAUGUUGCUAA